GCCCGCGGUGCCUGCGGGGCUGCGGCGCGGCCGGGGCCGGGGCUGCGGCUCGGGGUGUCCCUGGAGCGCGUCCCGCCCCGCCCGCUGCACCGAGCCGAGCCGGGCCGAGCCGAGCCGGGCCGAGCCGGGCCGAGCCGGUGCCACCGCCCUCGCCGGGGCGGGAGGCGGGUCCCGCCGCGAUGCGGCUGCCCGUGCGCCGCCGCUGUCGCCCGCCCGCCGCCGCCUCCUGAGCUCAGCCAUGGAGCGGAGGGCGGAGGCGCCGCCGCAGGGGCUCGACUUCACCGUGGAGAACGUGGAGAAGCUGCAGGAGCGAGGUCGUGAUUGCCAGAACCUGGGAUCCUGGGAAUGGCUAUGGCAAACUGAGGCCUGCUGGCAUCACGCUGCUGCUGAGAAGAGUUCCAGGAGGCUUCUGCAUGACCUGGGGUUCAUCAUGGAGACCAUGGGCACCCCAGCUCUCCAUCAGCUGUAUUACGACCCAAACAUUGAGAACAAGAACUUGGCUCAGAAAUGGCUGAUGCAGGCACAGGUCUCCCCCCAGGCAUGGCACUUCAGCUGGCUGCUUCUGAACAUGGACAAGGUGCCCGAGAUCCAGUACUUUGGUGCCAGCGCUCUGCACAUUAAAAUUUCCCGUUACUGGAAUGACAUCCCGGCUGACCAGUACGAGAGUCUCAAGACACAACUCUUUACCCACAUCACCCGCUUUGCCAGCGGCUCCAAGAUCGUGCUGACCCGGCUGUGCGUGGCGCUGGCCUCCCUGGCCCUCAGCAUGAUGCCGGAGGCUUGGCCCUGCGCUGUGGCAGACAUGGUGCGCAUGUUCCAAGCGGAGGACUCCAACGUGGACGGGCGAGCACGGUGCCUGGCGUUGCUGGAGCUGCUGACGGUGCUGCCUGAGGAGUUUCAGACCAGCCGCCUACCGCAGUACCGCAAGGGCCAGGUGCGCAGCGUCCUGGCGCAGGAGUGUGGCUCUGUCUUCCCUUUGCUGGAGCAGCUGCUGCAGCAGCAGGACUCCCCGAGUUUCAUCAAGCAGAAGGUGUUGAAGUGCUUCUCCAGCUGGGUGCAGCUGGAGAUCCCGCUGAUGGACUGCGAGAACCUGAUCCAGGCAGCUUUCACUUCUCUGCGAGACCCUGAACUCUUCGACACAGCAGUGGAGGCUGUUGUCAAUGCCAUUUCCCAGCCCGACGCCCAGAGGUACGUGAACACUCUCCUGAAGCUCAUCCCCCCUGUGCUGGGGCUCCAAGAGCAGCUGCGGCAGGCGGUCCAGAGCGGGGACAUGGAGACAUCCCAUGGGAUCUGCCGCAUUGCUGUGGCCUUGGGGGAGAACCACUCCCGGGCCCUCCUGGACCAGGUAGAGCACUGGCAGAGCUUCCUGGCCCUUGUCAACAUGAUCAUGUUCUGCACCGGCAUCCCUGGGCACUAUCCCGUCAAUGAAACCACCAGCUCCUUGACGCUCACCUUCUGGUACACGCUGCAGGAUGACAUACUCUCCUUCGAGCCGGACAAGCAGGCAGUGUACCAGCAGGUCUACAGGCCUGUCUAUUUCCAGCUGGUGGAUGUAUUGCUGCACAAAGCCCAGUUCCCCUCUGAUGAGGAGUAUGGCUUCUGGUCUUCGGAUGAGAAGGAGCAGUUUCGGAUAUACAGGGUGGAUAUCUCUGACACGCUGAUGUAUGUGUACGAGAUGCUGGGCGCUGAGCUCUUGAGCAGCCUGUAUGACAAACUGGGACGUCUCCUGACCAACACGGAGCAGCCAUCCACAUGGCAGCACACGGAGGCCUUGCUCUACGGUUUCCAAUCCAUCGCUGAGACCAUCGACGUGAACUACUCCGAUGUGGUGCCGGGACUGAUCGGCCUCAUUCCCCGGAUCAGCAUCAGCAAUGUGCAGCUCGCCGACACUGUCAUGUUCACUAUUGGGGCUCUGUCAGAAUGGCUGGCUGAUCACCCCGUCAUGAUUAACAACGUGCUGCCGCUGGUGCUCCAAGCCUUGGGCAACCCUGAACUCUCCAUCUCCAGUGUCUCCACCCUGAAGAAGAUCUGCCGGGAGUGCAAGUACGACCUGCCGCCCUAUGCUGCCAACAUUGUCGCCGUGUCACAGGAGGUGUUGAUGAAACAGAUUCACAAGACGAGCCAGUGCAUGUGGCUGAUGCAGGCUCUUGGUUUCCUGCUUUCUGCGCUGCAAGUGGAAGAGAUCCUAAAGAACCUGCACUCCCUGAUCACCCCCUACAUCCAACAGCUGGAAAAGCUGGCUGAUGAAACGCCCAAUCCCUCCAACAAGCUGGCCAUCAUCCACAUCUUGGGCCUGCUCUCCAACCUCUUCACCACCCUAGACAUCAGCCACCACGAUGAUGACCAUGAAAGCACUGAGGUCAAGAAAGUGCCAGUGCAGCAAGGACCCAACCCAGUAGUGGUGGUUCUGCAGCAAGUCUUUCAGCUGAUACAGAAGGUCCUCAGCAAGUGGCUGAAUGAUGCCCAGGUGGUGGAGUCUGUCUGUGCCAUCUUUGAGAAGUCCGUGAAGACCCUCCUGGAUGAUUUUGCCCCCAUGGUGCCUCAGCUGUGUGAGAUGCUGGGGCAGAUGUACAGCACCAUCCCCCAGGCCUCUGCCAUCGACCUCACCCGGCAGCUGGUUCACAUCUUUGCCCACGAGCCUGCCCACUUCCCUCCCAUCAAGGCCCUCUUCUUGCUUGUUACCUCAGUCACGCUGACCCUCUUCCAGCAAGGGCCCAGGGAUCAUCCUGAUAUUGUUGAUUCAUUUAUGCAACUCCUGGCACAGAUGGAGACCAGAGAGCACAGAGGAAAACAUCUGGGAAGAUGACCACCUUGUACACAUGGUGAGAAGUAAAGGCUGAUGAAGGAGCUGCAUGAGUCUUGAAGUGUGUAAAAGGUAAUGUCCCAGAUGUAGGUAAAAAUGCUUUUUCUGUUCUUCUCAAGUGGGACAAACAGUAACAGAAGGAAAUAAUGGAAAACGAUUCAAGUCAGGCAGUAAGAGAUCUUUCUAAGAGCACAGGGAAGCACUGGAAGGUCACUCGAGGAGCUGAUGUUGCUUGGAGAGCUUGGAAGGACUCAGCAAGCCUUUUGCUUUUGGAGGGCAGGUAGAGGUGACCCUGAGAGGCUCUUCCAAGGCUGUUUAUUGUUUCUUUGGAAAGCGCUGAGUUUCUCUUUGGUAAGUGCUGAAUUUCUCUUUGGUUUGGGAUCCUUCUCUGUUUCUGGACACCACACAUUUGUGCUCUCUUGGAGAGAAAAGUGCAACUGUGCUGCACUCCACGGGGUGCGCUGUGAGAGCAAACACCACUCAUCCUGGCUGCUGGGAAGCUGUUAAGUGCUGCCCAUACGGGCAGGAUCUGCAGGCAGUGCUGGGGCAGCCUCCUGGCGGCUGGCACAGUCUCCAGGGUGUUGAUCUCCAGACAGCCUGCAUCCUUUGGAGGUCCUGCUGCAGGAGCAUCUCAGAGGCUCCUGCAUCUGUGGCUGCUCUGUCUUGGAUCACCUUGAGACGUCCAACAUCGUGCUGCCAGCCCACCACCACUCACUCAAGACCUGAUGUUUUCCUGGGUUUUUUAUUCCAGCAAUCCCGUGGAGACCAAAAGAUCUCUUCCUCUCUCCUCACAUGUGGGAUUUGUUUCAAGGUUUCCUCCUCUUCCUUGGCCUGCCCUUCUUCCCAGGCUGAUCUGGUGGGACCCUCUGAAACCCAUCAAGAAAUGGCCCUUGCCAUCCCUGCUUGGCUUCUUGCUCUCAAGACUUCAAGAGUUGUCUGACGGCAGAGGUGGGUCCAGCCUGUCCUCUUCCAGAGCUGUGCUCUGUGAUGAAGCUGUUGAGUCUUUGCAUAUCCAAGACAUAGACACGGAAUCAUAGCAUGGGUUGUGUUGCUGCUGCUGUGCCUGAAGUGAGCAUCCCACCUGGAGGGCUGUGGGGCUCAGUGCUGCCCACGCGCCUGUGCCCAGGACUGCAUAGCCAUGGUGGCUGGGGUUUACGCCUGAGUCUGCAUCAGCCAAACCAGGCACUGGUUUUUGGGAACAUUCUCUUGUUCCCUAGCCAGCGCGUAUCACUUGUGAGUGUGCUGCUGCUUGCACAUAGGAUUUUGGGGCUCUCCAGCCUGCUUCCACACAAGCACUGCAGGCACAUCCACCCACCCCCAGCAGUGCUCCACGGACCUCAGGAGCACUGCAGUGACCUCCCUGACUGGGAGCCCUGGGGCAGACCGGGUAAGCAGGGCUUCACCAGGCUGAAAAGGCAGAACUGACCUUCUGCGAUGGUACAGCCAGUGCCAUCACCCACCUCCCUCCCUUCUUGGGCUGGUCCUGGCUGCAUGCAGCAGACCUUGAGCUCUCCACCACACCUGCUCCAGAGUCAGAGCCUCACGGAGGAUAUGGGCUCAGCAUCCCCUCUGCCAGCGGGCAGGGACUUGUUUGCUCUGCCCUGGCCCUGAUGCCUGGCCAAUCUCAGGUGACCUUUCCAAAGCUGGAGGCACUGCUCCACCUGAUGUGUGGUCUGGGAAGAGGUGGUGGUGCUGGACACACAGGCUUGGCCUGUUUGUUCUGGAGAGCUGCAGGAACUGUUUGUGCAGCCCACCACUGUCCCCUGUCUGCUGGAGGACUGGUGUUCAGUGUCCCUUCCAUGCCUGCCAGACACAGAAGAGCCUGCUCUGAAGACCUCUCUGGUGGCCUCCCAGCUGCCAUGGAGAAGAACUCAGCGUUCUUUCUGUACUGGUCUGCAGGACAGCCCUCGCCAGAGAGCCAGUGCCUACCCCUGCAGUAGGUGCUCCAGCCAAGGACGGGGGGGGACACAUUUGAAAGUGUUUAAAGAUCUGUCCCCUUGUCAGAACGUUUGAGCAGAGCUGCUUUGGCCAGAGAUGAGGAGGACAGGCUGGCAGUAAGAGGCCCCAGAGCUUGAGCAGGGUUCCUGGUGCUGGGAGAGAGCAGCUGGACCUACCUGAUGCUGAUUGCCAAGAGAUGGAGCUCCACAAGGCCCCAUCUCAUGGGCAUAAAAAGCAUCUCUGUCUACAUUAUGUGCAUGUCUGAGAUAGUGCUUAUACUCUGUGCUGCCUUGGUGGAGGUGUCCUACAGGAAGGAGCCUCCCAAUAUCUGCACGCUUUCUGCCAUGGCUCUGAUGGAGUGAGGAGCAGAAAAAGCAAAUCUGCAGGAGAGCUUGCAGAGCUCUACCUGCUGUAGGCCUGGUUUGGCUACCCUGCAGGUAGGUGGC